UUGCUGGCUUGAUUUUUUUUAAUUUCUUACCAAGUACCUUCAUCAUAAAGGUACCUUUUCCUUAAUUCUACAUCUUUUUUCUUUUGUGGUUGGUAUGCUGCGAUGCUGGAAAAUCCAUCGCCGACGAUCUACCAUGACUUGCUAGGUGUCACUCGAAGCCCUGAGGAGCUUGCUGCUGAGGACGACGACGCCGUCUCGGAUCCGAUCGACAGCCUGGAGGUCUUUGAGCACCUCCGCCGUAUUCGCGACCCCGAGCACCCCCACACGCUGGAGGAGCUCAAAGUCUUGGAGCCAUCCCUCAUCACGGUGGACUGGCGGCGGCGCCUCGUGAAGGUUCUCUUCACGCCAACGGUCCCGCACUGCAGCCUGACGGCAGUAAUUGGGCUCAGCAUCCUGCUGAAGCUGGAGCGCUCGCUGCCGCCCUUCACGAAGGUGGAUGUGUACGUAACCCCAGGCACCCACGUCCAGGAGGAGCAGGUUAACAAGCAGCUCAACGAUAAGGAGCGGGUGGCCGCUGCGCUGGAAAAUCGUAGUCUACUGAACGUCAUUCAGACGUGUAUUGCGGAUUCGGAGUGAGGGGUUUCAGCCCUUAUUCACCCCCUUUUUUAUUAUUCUUUGAGUAUGCGUGGGGAGUGGAAUACGGAAUAAAUCUGAGAUGCGUUUUUUCCAACAUUAUUGGUAAAUUAAUUUACUUACAAUGCUUACUUUUUUUAUAUAUUUGCGUUUAACUGUAAUCUAUCUGUAGUCAUUUCCAUAAUGACAUAAACAUCGAUUGGAUCCAUCAUGAAACAAAAAA